CUUUAAUUUGUAUUACCUUGUUGUUGUUUCCAAUUCACCCAGUGUUGUUUGGGAGAUGCUUAUGGUCGCCAUGCUGUCGUGCGUAAGCCACAACAAGAAAGGCUUGUCAAAAAUCUGUCGGUACCAAUUUAUGUAUUUAUUUUUUCAUUUGGAGCAUCUAUAGGGAACGCGUUUCAUAUUUGUUUGAUGCAUGAAAAGGCAACAACAACAAAAACCAGUACAUUUGGACAGCAUGUGUUGAUGGUAAUGUUUUAUAUUAAAACAUGGCCUUGUCUAGGCUAUUAGACAUACAGGCUUCAUAAGGAACAUAUCACAUGUGAAUUAAUUAUAUAAUUGAAGUUUAUUGAUGUAAUCCUGGUUCUUAUUUCUAAAGUAGAUAGUUUCCACUGUAAAGAUAGCCUAUGCUAAUGAUUCUAUAUAUUGUGCGCAAAUCAAUGCAUUAUAUAUAUUAUAUGUAUUGUGCACAAGUCAUCAGGCAGUCUGGUAAACAAUUGGUUACUUCAAUUCGUAAGUUUUUUUUUUAUCUCUCCUAAUUCGUUUUGCAUGGGCCAUAAGCAUUUUCUCAGGACAGGAGAGCUAAGGAGGAUAGUUUACCUUAAGCCUACGCAUAAUCUCCUACCAAAUACUAGGAGUCUGUUUAGUUGGUGGGACGUCCCACGUGGUUUCAACUCCUUGUAUAAAAACGUUCAGUCUAUGGAGGACUCCUAAAUCGACAUAGCAAGAGAAAGGUUCGUCCGAUCGUUAGACCUCUUUGUGCUCAAGUAUAUCAGGGCAAUUUCAUAUCGGGAAUUCAAAUCCAAUCAAUGUGCAUUUUAAUAAGGAUACACAGGAACAAAAACUGAAGGAAUAAGUCCAAAGCAAAUGACAAACUGGAUGCUACAAUAUGCGAUAAGUUAUUAUUUGACCGACCCUUCAGCUUUUUCCAUUUAUGGAAUAUCCUGAUUUGUGUUUAUCAACCAAUGGGUGAUUUUUCCUUUCGUUUAGUUUGUCCUCUUCUAUUCGUUUCUAAAUGAUGAUUAUUGCGAAUUGCAGUUCAAUUAAACCAUGGCACGAUACGUCAGGCAUUGAACUGAAACUCAAUUGACGGAUAAUGGUAGCCUACUGAUUUUAAAUUGUGUUACCUUGAAAGGGUGAAGCAAAGGCAUUGAGACAAGCAGAACGGACUUGACUCCCAAUGUGCCCCUGAAGUGAAGUCGACUGAGUGACAGACAUCGGGAAUGAAAACAGACACGAAAUAAGGGGAAUAUUUCAAGUUACGGUGAAUGGAAUAGUUAAUUCCAUCAAAAUGCGUCUGAAUUGAGUGAAAUAUUUAUUAUUGCUUGGACUCCUUACAAAGUAUACGGACUAACGGGAUUCUACAACAUUAUCUUUCUUUUCAUUCGAAAUCGUAUUUUCUUAAAAACGCCAAGUGAAUAGCCUACAUUUGACAGAAAUAUUGUGCAUACAUUUUUAUAGUAGAAAACGAAUUAUUGCACUACAAAUAUCACGACUUUUCUUCUUCAUAAAGAAAAUGAUUAACUGUAUAAUCAAAGUGGCAUUAUUUGUGGCUUGCGUGCUGUCUGUCCGCUGCAAAGAAGCGGCGCCGGGAUCCUUGAACCCUUUGCCGGGAAUGGAGACGCAAACCGGAGCUCAGGAAACUUGCUCUUCGUGUGGCAUCGGUCAGCCCGAAGAAUCGGGACAGGUGGACAUUGACUUUCUGGAGACGGUGAAAAGGCAUAUCUUGAGCAGGUUACAGAUGAGGGUAAGACCCAACAUCACCCAUCCUAUCCCGAAGGCGGCGAUGGUGACUGCGCUUCGGAAACUACACGCGGGUAAAGUGCGCGAGGAUGGGAGAGUAGAAAUCCCGAAUCUGGAUGGACACGCGACGAGCAAUGCCAAUGACGUGCUGGAGGAAAGCUCAGAGAUAAUCAGUUUCGCAGAGACAGAUGAGCAGGUAUCAUCCAAAUCCAGCCUGUUCUUCCUGAUCUCCAAUGAGGGAAACCAGCACCUGUACGUGACCCAGGCCACCCUGUGGCUGUAUUUAAGGCUGCUUCCCAACACCCUGGACAAGGGCCAGAGGAGGAAGGUCACAGUCAAGGUGUACUACCAGGAGCCUGGCCUGGGCAGCAAGUGGAGCCUGGUGGAAAAGCGUGUCGAGCUGAAGAGGAGCGGCUGGCACACCUUCCCCCUGACCAACGCUAUCCAGAUGGUGUUCGAGAAGGGCGGCCGGCGGCAGAACCUGGACGUGCGCUGUGAGGGCUGCGAGGACCUGGCGGUCUUCCCGAUCCUCGUGAACCAGAACGACGAGUCCCACAGGCCGUUUCUAGUCGUACAGGCCCGGCAAGCGGACAACAAGCACCGCAUCAGGAAGAGGGGGCUGGAGUGUGACGGGAGCAGUAGCCUGUGUUGCAGGCAGCAGUUCUACGUAGACUUCCGCAUCAUCGGCUGGAACGACUGGAUCAUCGCGCCGUCGGGGUACUUUGGGAACUACUGCGAGGGCAACUGUCCACCGUACAUGGCGGGAGUGCCAGGGUCGGCGUCGUCCUUCCACACUGCAGUGGUCAAUCAGUAUCGGAUGAGAGGCAUGAGCCCCGGCUCCAUGAACUCCUGUUGCAUCCCCACCAAGCUCAGCACCAUGUCAAUGCUCUACUUCGACGAUGAAUACAACAUCGUCAAGAGAGACGUGCCCAAUAUGAUCGUGGAGGAGUGUGGAUGCGCUUGAGUUGAGACCGCAUGUGCUUCAAGUGGACUUUUAUGAACAUUUGUAAACAAGAAAAGGAUAUUCCAAAAUGAAUUAUAGAAAUCAAAGUGAUAUUUAUGGACAAUUAUAAGGCAUACAUACGCACAUGCACACACAGCUUCAUUCAUUCACACAUAUCCUACACACUCAUUCUCACAUAUGCCUGAACAAACACUUGUAUAUAUAUUUAUGUUUGUUAAUAAUAUUCUCUGGUAGAAGCCUUUUUCCUUUUGCCAACAUAUGAACAUGUGAUUCAAUCCCAUUUUUUGUGAACAUGUGUUUGCAAAUUCAUGUCGGUGUCCUUAUCAGAGGGUUUGGAACUAAAUGGUACUUAUCGCAUUAUAUCUUUUCCAAGAUUGCCAUUUCUAUUCUGAAAAUGGAGAGUUCUAUUUCGAUACUCUGACCAAGGUGGAAAAGAGCCUGAGAUUAUGAAGGAGGUGCGCUUGCUGAUAGACAAUUCCAAACCACGCCUCUCUCAAGAAAGUAUGAGUGCAAAAUGUAUAGUGAAAGCCCCGACAACUCACCUCUUGUACAACUUCAGCACUUCUACCAAGAAAUACAUCUUGUCGAUGUGUCACAAGAUUUCAUUUUUCUGUAAAAAAAAAAAAAAAAAAUUGAACGUUUACAUUUCACGGGCCAGCAUCCGGAAAUCAAAAUGGCUUCCAUGUCAGAAGAGUGAGCGGAACUGUCAUCAAAACCUGGGAGUUUAAGCUGUGACGUGAAACAGUGACAAUAGAGGGAAGAAACACUGACCUUCCUGUUACUUCCUUCCGAAUCCUUUCUUCUUUUUUUCGUUCACACUUUGAACGGGAAGAGUCGACAUUUCAUCAACAGCCGAAGCACAACCUCUCAUUUCAGUCAGCCAAUCAAAAGCGAAGAGUUGCCUUGUUGUUUGGUUAAAGUCCUGGCGCAGCAUAGCACUUCCUAAUGCACAUUAAAUAGCACUUGCAGAUUGAAAUGCCUUUAAAGAGUACAAUGUGGUACACCGACCUUUGCUCACAAUCCUUUUAAAUAUAAGUGCCCCACGAGGUAUGCAAUGUAUAGUAUUGACCCACAGACACCAGACAAACUGAACUUUUAGUUACAGUUAUUAACUAUUACCAGUACUUGAAAUGUAAUCUUUCGCUUCCUCUUCAAAGUGAAUGAUAGUUACAAUAUUUGCACUGAAAAGUUGCGUGAUUAGUUAAAAAAGAAUGAAACUGCCAUUGGAAAAAAAAUAUUUUUAUAGAAAGCAAAUUGAGUUCUGUUCAAAUGUAUUAUACCUAAUCAUGGAACCAAAGAGGCCAAGAUUUUUUUUUGUUGCUAUUAUAAGAGGCUAUGGUAUUAUUUUGCAAAGUACUUUGUGACCAGAUAAGAGGCCUAAACACUGCAUCAGGGUACAAUAUUAUGGAUUCCAUUUUCAGUUAUUUUUUUCUAUUUUGUAUAGACAAAUAUUUUUUCAUCGACUUAAAUACUCUUAGGUUUUCUAGUUCAGUUCUUGUUCCAGAAUCAUUUAGAAAAAACACGUAAUCUCUGUACAGCUGAUGUAAGAUAUAAAUAUGAUUUAAAAAUAUUUUGUUCUUUGUAAUUGUUGAAAAAUAAAUGUCUUAUUCUGAA